AUGAGCGACAUGGGCCAGUUCCGCAACGGCGCCGACGUCCACUUUGACUACACCGGCGAACGACCACCGGUGAGCACGGGAUCCAAGAAGAAGAAGAAAAAGCGCCUGAAGGCCGCCGACGCGCCGACAGUGGCCCAGGCCCACCUCACCAACCCCAACGACGACUACCCUACGCUGAGAGUAAUCAAGCAGGCGGCCAACGGCGACGUCAUUGUCGAGCUGCUCGAUGACCCCGAGCCGCUCCCGGCGCCCGACCACGCCAUCUGGGACCAGCUGCUGCAGCAGGAGCAGGAAAACCUCAAGGCGUUCUGGGAGCUGUUGGACCAGCAGCUGAAGAUGAAGCUCGUGAAAAUCGACAAGAAACUGAUCCUCGAGAUGUUCCGCCGCAACGCCCAGCGGCACGACCAGAGCCACGGCCAUAACCACCACCAUCACCACCACCACUCCCAGGCGCUGCUGCUGGCGUGUACGUGCAAGUACUGUGGCCGGCGCAACAACGUGAUUGAGGACGAGUUGGACCUGAUCUACGAAAACCACUUUGACGACAUCAUCGACUUCAUCCACGAGGUGCGCGAUAUUAAUGAUUUGAACGCGUUGCCGGGGUUGUUGUUUGGCGGCUUCCACAUGCUUGAAGAAGAGCACCGGUUACAGAAACGCCAACAGCAACAACAACUUCAGCAGCAGAAACAGCUAGCCCAGGCUCAAGUGCCUCAGCAAGCAACUCCACCCACUCAUGACAGCCUACCGCAGCCCCCACAACAACAAACCCUGGAAACUCCCAAUGGCGCAGUAUCGCUGUUCCCGCGAGCUAACCCCGCCGACCAGAUCCCCACACAACUAUCAGUGGAGGAACAACGCGUGUUCAAAGCGCUUUUGGACCCGAAACUCUUCGAGGCGUUGGAAACUCUCGAUUUUGAAAAGCUCAAAGACGUCAACGAUAUUAACCGAGCCAGCCUUCUACAGAAAGCCGGUAGCCUCCGAGAUAUCAUCCGCGACUUCCACCGAGCCGAUAAGGUCCAUUUGGAGAAGGGGAUGCUGUUUUUACAGAAUAUGAGCAAGCUCUUCAACUCGGUGGAACCACCACUGACUACUGGGGAAGAGCCCACUCAGGCGGCAGCCAACAUCCGCCAGUUCAGCCAGGGGCUCUCGCUGUUUGCCGAAGACUUACUAAAGAACGACGGCCACUCCUUCAUCGAAAUGAUGGAGCUGUUGCUGGAGCUGCGUACCGAGCGCGAAGACCUCCUCAAAGAGCUUGUGGAGGAAGACGCCGACGGUAACCAGAUCGUACCGGCACCGGCACCCCAGCCCAGUGCCCCUGCUCCGCCGCCACCGGCUCAGGAAUAUGCUCUGGAAAGCGAGCUUUUCGAGGACGAAGAGGAAAGCGAAGGUCUUGAAGAUGCCAGCGACGAGGCACUGUGUGUUCUGGAUACCGAACUGGAAAUCCUGGAGGAGGAAAAGAUGCAAGAAAUAAGGCGACUCUUCCUCAUCCAGGUGAUUAAACUCUUCCAGGAACGGUUGAAGAAUGCCUACAAGGAGAAGCUCGCUGAAGACCGCACCAACCAGCUCAUUCAAGAGCUCGAGGCUGAGGAAUUGGCCAAAAAGGAGCGUGAACUUAAAAAGCAAAAGCAAAAGGAGAAGCAGCGGGAGAAGAAGCGGUUGUUGCAGCUAGCGAAGGAGGAAGAACGCAAACGCCAGGAAGAAGAGCGGUUGAAGGAGGAGGAAGAGCUCAAACAGCGACAAGAAGCCCAGCGAGCCGAGCAGAAGCGCAAGAAGGAGGAAAAGCAACAGAAACGCGAAGAGGAAAAGCGCAAGCGCAUCGAGGAGCUCAAGCGGAAGGAGGAAGAACACCGCAAACGUGUUGAAGCCCAGCAAAAGAAGGAGGAAGAGGCUAAACGGCUAAAGGAAGAACGCAAGCGUAAGGCUGAAGAGGAGAAGGCCAAACAAGAGGAAGAGAAACGCCAGAAGGAACUUGAACGCAAACAACGAGAAGAACAGCGCGAACGCGAGCGGAUUGAACGCGAACGUCGUGAAGCCGAGGAGGAGGCGAGCGAGCUUCAACGGCAGACAGAGGAAGUGGCCGCGCAAUUCCAACAAGAAAUUGCUACCCAACAACAGCCAACCGCCCAACCGGUACUCUCUCAACCGUUACCGACAUCUACCGCUCAAUCGUCGUUCCCAUUCCUGGCUCAGCCGCUGCCGAUUGUGCUGCUGACCCGUUUGGGCGCGGCUAACGCCCCGAACCACUUGCUCGACCAGCUCUAUCUGCUGACGCCGACAGCCCAGUUUGCCCCGAUCGCCAAGUUGCUGCCGCUGCCCCCUCCCGGGCUUGGAGGGUCACAGCCGCUGCCGUUCCCUGCUACCCUCGGGUCGCUGCUGCCAUGGAAUAUUCACGCUACUCCGGUAACGUCGUCACCUGGGCUUUUCCUGCCAUUUGGUGAGCCGUUUGGCAGUGAUGUGUUUACCGCACAAACGCCACUGGCACAGAGAAAGCUGAUUUGGGGCCAACCGACACCGUCAGCCACGCGCCAGCCGCUGUUCUCCACGCAAACCAAUUUGUGGAACCCUGGCUCCAUGCCUAGCGUACCCUCGGCUCCUGCAGCUGCUGCUCCGGUUGCGGCCUCUGCGGCUCCCACAAACCCUCAGGAGCUGCCGAUGGUUCUGGCAGUGGCAGGGGGCGAUGCUGAAGUGAUCCAAUUGGCCACCUACAACGCCUUCCACAUGCUCACCCUGCUGAACCAGCUUGAAUUCGGCAUGGCGCCGUUGCACAAGCUCUUCAACCAGGUGCGCACGUUGGUGGGGGCCCAGCUUUCCUUGGGCCAGUUCUUAACCCUGAUCAGAACCCUGCAGCAGUACCAGUUCGAUGUGGUCUAUGAUGACGUGGGUACUGUUACUCACGUCAAGGUGACGCAGGAGCCUCAAGCAUCAUCCGGCCUCGCCCAGGUGCCACCGGCCACUAAUCCGCUGCCGCAGUUUGGUCAACCCAACCUUUUGAACUCAUUUGCACCCCAGCUGUCUCGUCUGCUUUGGAAUUAG